AUGACAUUAAUUACUUUUUACAAUGGACUUCCCCGGCCUGAGGCAUCAGAAUCAACCUUGCGUGGUCUGAUUGAGCGCGUCACGGAAGACCUGAGAGAUAUCGAAGCAUUUCUCCCCAUAAAAGUAUCGACUAGGAGAAGAGAAAGAAUACGCGAGUUCCUUACGGUGGAGCUUAACUCAUUGAAGCAAUAUGAAGGGGAUUUUCAGCGUUUGAACCAGGAGAGCCAAGUGGACUACCUGCUCAUCAAAAAUUACAUGGAGGGCGAACUCCGACAGUUGGAUCUCGAUAACAAACAAGACGAGAAGGCAUCUUCGCUGAUUCCAUUCGCGGCCAUAUUGGUUGAUCUCUGUGAGGCGAGGGCCUUCGUUCUGCCAAUGAAUUCCAAGGAUGCUGCGCAGAAGUUGUUUGAGGUGCAGGUUGAAAUUACCAAAGUUAUUGAAAGGGUUGGAAAAGAAUACACCACGCAGCAGAUUGAAAAAACUGUUGCAUUCCGUGCGGCGCGCACCAUCGAUGCCCUGCGUGUCCAUCUGAAGGAGUGGUAUCUAUUUUAUAAAGGAUACGAUCCAUCCUUUGAUUGUCUGAAAAGUAUUUCCGCAAUUAUUCGCGAUCGGCUUGUCGGAAUUAAGGCAGAAGAUGAUGGCGCAAUUGUUGGCCAGCCCAUUGGGCGCGAGGGGCUUCUUGCUGACCUUCAAGCGGAGAUGAUUCCUUACACCCCCGAGGAAAUUAUCUCUAUUGGCGAGAAAGAAUUUGAUUGGUGUAUUGUGGAACUGAAGAAAGCCUCGAGCUGUAUGGGACUAAACAGCGACUGGAGACAGGCCCUUGAAAAGGUCAAAAAUGACUAUGUGGAGGCCGGGAAACAAACACAAUUAGUCAAAAAGCUUUUCCACGAGGCUGUAGCCUUUGUUGAAAAGUAUGAUCUCGUCACAGUUCCCUGCGUGGCUAAAAAUGCCUGGCAAAUGUUCAUGAUGUCGCCAGAGAGACAGAGGAUAAAUCCAUUUUUCCUCGGCGGAGAUUCAAUCAUCGUAUCAUAUCCGACUGAUACAAUGGAUCACGAAGCGAAACUGAUGAGCAUGCGAGGUAACAACAUUCACUUUGCCCGCGCGACAGUCUUCCAUGAAAUGAUACCGGGUCAUCACUUGCAGAUGCACGUCAAUGCCAGAUCUAAACCUUAUCGACGCAUUUUUGAUAGCCCAUUCUCAGUGGAAGGCUGGGCUCUUUACUGGGAAUUUCUGCUCUGGGACGAUGAAAGGUUCGAGAAAACGCCCGAAAAUCGAAUUGGAAUGCUUUUCUGGCGGCUUCAUCGAUGCGCCCGCAUUAUAUUCUCGAUGAAAUUCCACCUUGGUCAGAUGGUGCCCCAAGAGUGCAUAGACUUGCUUGUGAAUGCGGUUGGGCAUGAACGCGCAACGGCCGAAGGAGAAGUUAGGCGAUCUCUGAGUGGUGAAUAUUCACCACUCUAUCAGAUCGGCUACAUGGUAGGCGCAAUACAGAUUCACGCCAUGCGAAACGAGGUCGUGGGCCAGGGUAUAAUGAGUGAAAGGGUAUUCCAUGACACGUUCUUGAAUGAAAAUCGGAUGCCAAAUGAGAUCAUGAGGGCAUUGAUGUUGGGCAAAGAAUUGAGUCCUAAUUACAAGCCAAGCUGGAGAUUUUAUUCUGAUGUGAAAUAA